AUGGCAGGCGCCGUCGACGCCAACUCGACGGCGCUCUCGUCGAUCCCUGGCGAAGAGGUCUGGAGCCGCGUUGGCGAGCUGGUCGAUUCCUGGCCCGAGAUGUAUCAGCAGGUGAGUUGGCCAGUCCUCCAGCUCCCGCGAGACGACCAAGUCACGACGAUCGAUUCGCGAAAGAGACGUGCUCAGUGCAGAGUCGCGGGCGCUGACCGCUUUGAUGUAUCGUGCUGACUAUAUACAGAGACAAAGUCGUGAAGCUGUACGUGACCUCCCACACGGCUUUUCUCACCUCUGUGCCAUUUGGCUCGACGGCGUUGUGUUUGCCCGGCGAGGACGUGCCGUAAUGCCCGAGACCCGCCCGCGCCGGACAUCAGUGCGCAUCUGGACGAGCUGGCCCGUGGUCCUGACGUCGAGGAUCAAUCGAGGACCUGGCGGACUGCAUACCCCUGCCUCCCUAUCACGCCCUGGAUCUGCUCCAAACUAAUCGUCUUUUUGGUGUGAUCUAUCCCUUCUUCCCCAAAUAGGUUAUUGAAGCCCGACACUCCAUCCGAGCGAUCGCCAACGCCGAGGCGUACCUCGACUCGUUCUCUUUCGCUCCCACAACUUCGGCGUCGGAGGUCGAGUCUCAAAUCCGAACGCCGAUCGGCGGGUCAGCGCCGCUCGGAACGGCUGUGCAUUAUCUCACACAGGAACAUCAUCUCCAUCCGAAUCAGAUGAACGUGGCGUCGCACGGUCCACCGAGGUACCCGUCAGACUCAGCACGUGAUCUUGGUCCUGGACCGGGGCAUGCGCUCCAUCCUUCGAUGCCUCCACCGCAAGGGUACGACUCGGCGCCCAACUUCGACUCAGCAAAUUUCGACGACCCUCGAGCCAGGCCGUACAGUACUCAUCCGCCGCAACCGCAGCCGGCGCUUUACUAUGACUCGUACCUUCCAACACACCCUCCCCAAUACCAGUACGAGGCCAGCAACACCGCGUACGCGCGGCCGACGCCUUCGCGAUACCCAAGUCACGAGAGCGACGCCAAUUCGCAGUGGUCGAACCAAGCGUCCUGGUCCGGAGUGGACGCGACCGGUUCUUCGACCCACUCGCUAUCCACAAUAUCGCCCGUGACGUCCGACUAUGCUUCACCUCCAGAAAAAGUCCAGCAUCCCGACUCAUACUCGUUCCAAGGCGCCGUGCCGAUGCCCCCGCCCCUGACGUCCGCCGCUGAGCCGUACCUUUCUUCUCAUCCGCCCCCCCUCGUCGAUGCUCAGCCCGGGUGGAUCUCGACACGGGUUCCUCAGGUCGCUCCGAGUAAUCACCCGAGCCAGUUCAACGACCCAAAUGAUUGGAUCCAUCACCAGCGACAGCAGCAGCGAGAGCAACAGCAGCGCCGGCAGCAGGGCUUGCUGAGCCACCCGUCGGAACCGGAUUCGGACCCGCGGCGUCAUCUCUACACGUUGGGCCGCUAUGAGACAUCGCCGCCUCUUGCAUCCGAGACGUCCGAAACCCCGCACGAAGACGUGCGGGUCAUGCCACCUCACCACGACUCCGAAGCCUACAGGAACGGGCACGGUCGACCCCUCAUCGACUCGUCGUCGACGCUCGAUCACUUUCGCGCGCCGGCACCGUCGUACACGACCCCUCUGCACCAGUGGGACCCCCCGCCAGCUUUGGUCGAAUAUCCACUGAAACAUGUGAAUGGCGCAUCCGAGGCUCUCACGAACGGUGCGAAUGUGUACCUCGGCCCCCAUUCCACGGGAACCACUGCCUCUUCUGCUCCCUACGACGCGAUGGACCACCCGUCGGGCCGUGUCGACCUCGAGGUGAGUCGCCCGACCUGAUUUCUUCUCGUGCCUGUUAAACGGGUGCUCGCGUCUCAUUGCCGCGGAAUGCAAGCCUCGAACAUGUCUCUUUCGAUUAACCGCUGACGUCCUCCCUUGCCUGCAGUCCUUGAUGGCAGGGGCCUCCUCCGGUGAAAGCGGUCAAGGCGCCGUCGGUUACGUCGAUGAUAACGGUGGUCGCGUGCAGCAACCGCACCAACGCCGCUCCGAGACUGACUCCAACUCGCCUAGCUCCCACCUCCCGUCACCCACCUCGACCACCUCGAAUGAUCAAACGCCUUAUCAGACUAACCAGACGGCCGGUGCGCUUCCGGCGGAUGCUGUCGAGCUCGCCGUCGGAGCGAAAGCGCCGCGGCCGAGCAAGGGCGAUCUCGGCCCUUGGCCCCCCGCAGCCACCACCAUCGACCCCGCCAAGAAGGCCAAGACGGAGGUGCGGGCGAUUCCGCUCAAGACGAAGGAAAAGACGGGCGAGCACGAGGGCGGAGGCAAUCUGACCUCUGUCGUCGUGCUCGCGCCGUCGGGACGGAAGGGGGCCAAGCGGCUCACGUCGGAGAUCUCCGUCUUUUGCUUGGGGUGCACACGGCCCGUCGCUCGCAUCAUUUGCCGCGGCUCAGAAUCGGAGCUCAACGUUCCCCACCGGGCGGCGUACACGUGCAUCAAUUGCAACAACGAGGCUUAUUCCUCGAAUGGCUCACCAUCGUUAGCAGACGAGACUGACCAGCUGGCCGCGACCCAGACCCCGCCGACGGCCGCAGUCUCUUCCCCCUCCUCUGCCGUCCCUUCGCCGGGUUCCUCAACAUCAGCGACGAUAGACACGUUCGGACAACCGAUCAUGAACGGUCCCUUCGCCGGGUUCCUCAACAUCAGCGACGAUAGACACGUUCGGACAACCGAUCAUGAACGAGCCGCCCGCCGAGCCCGCCAUCAAAGUCAGCGCUUCAUUCCGCAAGCGACAUAAGCGCGACGAUCUCGAAACGACGAGUUGCGACGUCUGCUUGCGCGACAUCGCCUCGGGGGCGGUCGUUGCGAACAAUCAAAAGCAGCGCAUCGACUUUCACGUCGAAGUCGUGUGUUCCCAUUGUGACUCGAUGUAUCAACGGUGCUGUGAGUUCAUCUAUCUGGCGCUUUCUAAUCCCUGAAUGGGCUGAGCUGACCAUAUCUCACGAAACUUGAACAGCUGACUGCGGCGGUGGAGGCGGGCUGCGGCUCGGCGUCGGCAAGUGGAGGUGCAAGCAACUUUUUGUCGGGAACCGUAAAACGUGCUCGCUCUCUCAUCUGCGCUUGGGCGCGAUGUCGGAUAUGCUUUAGUGAGUCAGGAUGGAAUCUGGUCUUUUGACAGCGGGCAGCCUGACCCCUUUCCUUUUCCCGAAUACAGUGACGUGGUGGCGAUCCGUGAUAUUCCCAAGGACGAAGCUGAAGAGCUGUCCGAGAUUGGUCAACGCAUUUUUUCCAACACCCUGCUCGGCAACAUCGCGAUUCCGGAAGUGAUCGAGCAGCAGUCCUCGAUCGCCAAGACGUUCGACGAAGUCGUGAUGAUGGCUACCCAUGGAUGGCGGAUGAUCAAUCCCUUGCUCAAAGUUGACGUCGAGGCGACACAAAACACGCGGCGAUACCUGUGCAUGCGCUCAUGCGCACCGAAUCCGAGAAAGAGCUCCAAGAGCGUUGCCCCUCCCGAACCGUCGCGCGACGGUCGACCCCGCGUCGUGCUCAGGGAAGGCAAGGAAGUUGUCGGCUUCAUCUUGGCCGAGUGGGACAUUUUUACGGCCUCGUUGCUACUCUCGGUCGUGGUGCCGUGGUCUACGGGCGAGACAUACGACGCGACGUCGAUUCUCAUUCAGCAUCUGCUGCAGCGCGUCGAGAAGGACAGGCUUGAGAUGAAUGUAGAGCGAAAGGAGCGCGGUUUGGAGGCCGUUCCACCCGUCGCCAGGACUUGGACUAUGAGUGCGUAUCGCAAGGGUCGUGAUGAAUGGAUUUCCAACCCCAAGUGGAGCUAACACAUCCACUACGUACGUUUGCAGUGUUCUUCAAGCGCGAAUCUCGCAUGAUGAACCAUCUUGAGAAGGCAGGUCGUCUAUUUCUUCCCCAUUCGAUAUCAUGUCGCAGCUACUUACCCGUCUUCUCUUGCUUACGACUCACAGAAGCGGGGGUUCAAGCUGCUCGACGAUUACCUCAAGGAAGACCCGACUGCGAAGGCCGAGUGGUUCCCUCCCCACCGACCGGUGUACUUGCCCGUCGAACGUGAGUACCAUACUCACAUGAUCUUGCCACCAACCCCAUCGUAACCUUGCUGAUCGUCUCGGAUCAUUCUUCCAUCUCGUCAUCCACAGGGCAGCAUGGAUGGGUCGUGCUCGUUCGGCCGCAUUCUGCCCUGCUCGCGGGGUUUGCGCCUCGCCGGACGCCGGAGGAACUGAUGCAAAAGAAUAAGGAGAAGCGAGUUCGGGCGAGACGAGGUGAAUUGGCGGAUGAUGAUUCGAGCUGA